UCUCCAUAAACGCAAAGUUUUUGUACUUCUACUAUGCCCCCUGUGCACGAGAAGAGCACAGCUGAAGGUGAAGUUGCGGUCUUCAAUUACGAGGAACUCGACCAGCUUUCAAACCAGAUACGCCUCCUCCGCAUUCUUCCACCCAAGACAAAGUCGAAAAAAUGUCUUUGGGAUAAUUCGGGAGAAGUCCAAUGUUUCACGCCAACCCGGACGAUCAUCCAUCUUACAAAGCACUCUCAUACACUUGGGGUGGUGCAUUCGAUCGCAGGCACACGAUAUACCUCAAUGGGUGUCGUUUCGAAGUAAGGCAAAAUCUUUGGCAUGCUUUGAAUCGAUUCCAGUCCGACAAUGUCGCACUGGUCAUAUAGAUUAAUGUUAUCUGCAUCAACCAGUCAAGUGAUGGGGAGCGGAACCAUCAGGUUGCCAAGAUGAAGAUGAUUUAUGAGUAGGCCACCGAAGUUGUCGUCUGGCUUGGGGAAAGCUACGAUAAUAGCCACUUGGCAUUUCAGCUUAUGGAAGAGCUCUACGAACAUCGCGAGUCAAGGGUGUGAAUUACCGACCGGUUUUCAAAUCUAGACAUGGCGCGCAUGUUGGAAAGUCUUGGGAGAUUGAUGGUACGCGAGUAUUGGUGGAGAAUCUGGAUUAUCCAGGAGCUCAUUGUUGCUAAGCACAUUGUUUUCUAUUGUGGUGACAAUUCGAGCGAAGGAAAUUGUUUGCAUGCCGUC